UCCAAAAACCUGAUCUUUUGCUAGAAUUAAGGUAGUUUGCUGCGUGAUAAGGUAGUAUGGUCUCAUGGUCAGGAGCUUGGGCUUUAGAGUCAGUCUGUUUCCUCUCUGUAAAAUGGGAAUGAAAGAAUGCCUGCUUGCAAGGUGGCUGUGAGUGUUAGAGGUGAUGGUAAUAGCUACAGCUUUAUUAUUGUUGUAUCUUUGUUAUAUGAAAGCGCCGUUUUUCCCUGAUGAUGGUGCUGUUAUUCUGAGCUUGAGAGCAGGGUUUGUGUCUGAGUUGCUCGGGGCCCCAUCACUCAACCCAGGACUGGGGACACCUCAGGGACUUUCACAUUCUUUUGGAGGAUCAAAUGGAAUAGGCUUGUGCUUGAUGGGACAGAGGAUAAGGUCAUGUUGGGCUUUGGGGUCAUCUCAGUGGGGGCCCGGCCUUAUGUUGAGGUGGAAGCCUGGGGGUGAGGGCUAGAGCUGAAGGGGCAGUGGGCCUGGGGCCAGGGCUGGGGAUGGGAUGGGGUUGUCCUCGUCAUUUCUUCCUUGAGCAAGUAUUGAGUGCUAGCUGCAUGCCAGGUUCUAGAUGACAGUCAGUAAGUCCCUGCUCACCUGAUCUCAAGGCAUGAGGGGAACUGGGCACAUCUGUAAGUUCCUGUAUAACCCUCCACAGCCCUGACACCUGUACCCUCUUUCAGAUGAAGAAAUGGCCUCAGAGAGGGACAGUGGCUUGCUCAAGGCAAAUCCAGAGAAAUGUGGGUGUACAAGGCCCCUUCUGGCUGUGGAGAGGGGGACCAGAGCCCCUGGAGGCCCAGAGCUCUAGGACAGGAGCUGAGAGGGGCAGCAGGGAUCCAGACUGGGUAGGGGACCUGGUGAUGCCACCUGGACCCAGACUUCUGCUCUUGACAGAGCCAGAACUCCAGAGCCAAGCGGAGCCUUGUAGUAGGGGCCCACAUCCCUGCUGGAGCCUCAGCUGCCCUGGAACCAGCGAUACCUAAACUUUCUUCCUGUGGCUUUUCAAUCGGAGCCAGUGAGGAAGGCCCCAGGCAGAGGUAGGGAGGGCCCAGGACAUCUCCCAGCCCCUCCCUGGGGGAUGGUCUAGGGAAGCUGGCCCUGGCUACCUCUCAUGGCCCCUGGAAACUGAUCCCUGGCUGGAUCCUGCUCUGUCCUUAACAAGAUUGUGUGUGAGGCUGAAGAGCAGUUUUCUUUCUCAUCUGUAAAAUGGUGCAGUCAUAACAAACACCUCCUACAAGCACAGCAUCUGUGAGGGGAUGGUAGAGGACAGGCAGGGGCUCUGGCAGGUGGAAGUGUGGGGUGUUCGUUCAUCUUUGUUCAUCUCCUUCCGAGGAGCCGGGGAUGGUCAGAAACCACCAGCAUAGCCCGAUUUUCCCCUCAUGCCCAUCUGCCUCCGCAAGGCCCUCACCCAUGUGGUGGGGCACUCUUUCCACAUGUCCCUCCUGGUCCGUUUGCCCACCAGUGAGGCAGGCUCAUCCCCUUAUUUCCUGACAUGUGUGUGGUUGGUGCUUUUAGAGGACUCUCGUUGUGGACCCUGCUCUGUGCCAUUGCCACAGCCCAGAGAGGGGGGUGCAGUGUUAGUCCCAAAGAGGACAGGGGACUUCCCUAGGACCAUCCAGGGAGUGGGAAGCAGAGUGGGUCUCGAGCCUUCUCAGAUUUGGGAAAUCACCUUCUCCUCUCCCCACCUAGCCUUACCCUACCCUGCUCUCCCUGGGCUACUGUCUCCUUCCCAGCCUCCCGCACGCCCCCGUUGGUCUCUACCGAUGCGCACAGGGAGGAAAGCAGUGCAGGCUGGGGCCGUGGGAACCACUCAAGGUUGAAGUCUGACUCAUUGUAUGUGGCCUUCAUCUCAUGACUUUGCCUCCCUGAGCCUCAGUCUUCUAAUCUGUAGAAUCACUAUCUCACAGGAUUGCACUAAGGAUUCAGUAAGAAAUGAGCUGCCUGAGAACUGGACGGACACUCGGGAGACGCUGCUGGAGGGGAUGCUGUUCAGCCUCAAAUACCUGGGCAUGACGCUGGUGGAGCAGCCCAAGGGCGAGGAGCUGUCGGCCGCCGCCAUCAAGAGGAUCGUGGCUACGGCUAAGGCCAGUGGGAAGAAGCUGCAGAAGGUGACUCUGAAGGUGUCUCCACGGGGAAUUAUCCUGACAGACAACCUCACCAACCAGCUCAUUGAGAACGUGUCCAUAUACAGGAUCUCCUAUUGCACGGCAGACAAGAUGCAUGACAAGGUGUUUGCAUACAUCGCACAGAGCCAGCACAACCAGAGCCUCGAGUGCCACGCCUUCCUCUGCACCAAGCGGAAGAUGGCACAGGCUGUUACCCUCACCGUAGCCCAGGCCUUCAAAGUCGCCUUUGAGUUUUGGCAGGUGUCCAAGGAAGAGAAAGAGAAGAGGGACAAAGCCAGCCAAGAGGGAGGGGAUGUCCUGGGGGUCCGCCGAGACUGCACCCCCGCCUUGAAGAGCUUGGUCGCCACUGGGAACCUGCUGGACUUAGAGGAGACGGCUAAGGCCCCGCUGUCCACGGUCAGCGCCAACACCACCAACGUGGACGAGGUGCCACGGCCACAAGCCUUGAGUGGCAGCAGUGUUGUCUGGGAGCUGGAUGAUGGCCUGGAUGAAGCGUUUUCAAGGCUUGCCCAGUCUCGGACGAACCCUCAGGUCCUGGACACUGGCCUGACAGCCCAGGACAUCCAUUACGCCCAGUGCCUCUCGCCUGUCGACUGGGACAAGCCUGACAGCAGCGGCCCAGAGCAGGAUGACCUCUUCAGCUUCUGAGGGCCCGGGGCCAGCCGGACACAAACGACCCUGACAUCUGACGGACCAAAGCCACCUGCUGCGGGGGAGCCGGCUCCGGAACCCGCCCGCCACCUCUCCCAGCCCUCAGCACUGUCAGCCUGGAGAUCAGAGCUGCAGCCAGUCAGGCAGGGGAGAGAUUUUUUUUUAAGCCUUGCUCUUUCUCUGAGAACCAAAAGAUGCCUUGAAUAUUUAUUCAGUGACUUCUGGCUUAUGCUCGGAAGCCAGUCUGCGUCAGGCACGUCUCCUGCUGCAUGAUGUGUGCAGUGCUGCAGUCAGCUCCCGCUUGCUCUCCUGUAGCAAGCUCUGCCCUGGCUGUGGGUAUCAGGACUGUGACCAAAGCAUUUCUAGUCCCUUCUCUCUCUCUAAGGACCCAACUUUCCCUGGGGGCAUCCUGCUUUCUGAAAGCCGUUGGAUUUCAGUGAUUUUUUUCCCCUCACCCCCCAGCAUAGGAGAGCACCCACAGCCUCAGAAGGGGAAUGUGUCCUCCUGCUCUCUUUCCUCAGGGCCCAGCAGGCGGGACUUGAGUCCUGGACCCCAGGCUCUUAGAGACUAAGGGGCAGCUCCUGACCAAAGACGAUACAGCUUGGCACUUUAAAGCAUUCACAGCAGGUGUGGCCCUGAGGGCUCCUCCAUGGUGCUGCAUUGAAUCCAGCUUUCCUUCUGCCCUUCCUCCAGGAGAAGGGGCCCAGGGUCCCCGUGGAUGGUCUCCCCUGUGCUUGGAACCAGUGUAACUGGCUGCUCCCCGCUCCCAGGGACUGACUGCGGGGAUCAUCUCUGACCGCCCUCCGUCGGGCCCCUCCCUGCCUUCUCCCCUGCACGCAAGGCUGUGCUCCUCCUCUGCUCUCUGUGUGUCCCUUUGAGUGUCUCUGCCCCGCCUCCCCAUACUUCCUGGGAUGAUGUGUGAAACCUGACACCUAGAUUUAUUUGGAAAUAUUCUAUGACCACUUUACAGAUGAGGAAACUGAGGCCUCAAGCAUGGCGGGGUAGAGUGAAGAGUAGAACCCAGGUCUGAUGUCAAAGCUGCUUUCUUCUCUGCCUCCUCCUCACACAACUCACACCUCCUGUGCUUCUAGCUUUGUUGUCCUCCCAGGAACCAAAAAACCCCAGCUAUUUUCUGACCAAAAUGUGUUUCAUAACAAACCAUCUGGUGCCUUUCCACACAGAACUGGCAGGAGCCCCGUGUCCUGCUAGCUGUCUCUCUUGUUGAUUUCCGUGAAAAUGCAGUGUUUGAAGUCUGCUCAUGCCGAGGGUGAAACAAAAUCCAACCCUGUCAGAAUCGUGCUGUUCUCUUUGCUGACACUGUGACCCUGGGUCGGGACAUACCAGCAGCAGUCUGUCUUUAGAAUCUCUUUCCUUCCUCCCCUUUUGCCCCCGUGGGGCUCCCGGCAUCCUGAAAGCCAGCAAAGCCUCCAGCAUCUUUGCCAUCCUGAGGUGCCUCCCAGUGGCCUGGCUUGUCUGAGCAAGUUUCAUCAGCCCCAGGGAAAACACAGCCCUCCUUAGAACCUCCUUACCUGGAGUAACCGGACACCUUAGAUGGAGGUGCCUGAGGGUGGGGUGGGAUUUGUAGGGUCAUUAUCAGAAUGAGAGGAUAACUUUCUUGCCCCAGCUCUGUAGCCACCUCCUUGGCAUCAGCCUCUGUAUUUGUCAUAAGGCGGCGUGGGCGAGGCCUGACACAGGCCAGCCUUGGCACGGGGGGGCCAGGGGUUCUGAGAAGCGCUGCCUUAUGAGAGCCACACUGGCCUUCGUCUCCAUCUCUCGUUGACGGGCUGUCCGUGUGCCUCCUGUGUGUCUGCAGACAAGUCUUGCUGUGCUUUAUUUGUGAAAGUUUAAUGAGGAAAAAACAAAUAAUAAAUGUUCUCGUUUUGAAACGCAA